UGUCAGUUCAACUUAUCUUGUGUUUCAAGAUUAGAAUUUGACCCUCUCAUCAAGAAUGAUUUACAAAAUGUUCCUGCACUUUUUUGUUGUCCUUUGUUGUAUUCCAAGAACUAUGUCGGACUCCUGUCUUGGCGAUCAGGAGAAAUCGAUUAUAUCUGACAUCAAAUCAUCACUAAAGAAACUAGAACAUAAUUUGAAUGAAAAAUCACGAAGAUGUCCGGAUGGAUGGAGGGAUUACAAAAACCACUGCUACUUUUUUUCUUCCGAAAAGAAAUCAUGGCACGAAGCUGAGAAUCAAUGUAGAAAAAUGGGAGGUUAUCUAGUUAAAGUUACAGAUUCUGCAGAAAACUCUUGGCUUGUCAACACUAUUACCAGUAAAAAAGUAAUUCAACAGAGUUAUUGGAUUGGAGCAGCAGAUUUUAAAGAAACUGAAUGGACAUGGGUUAUUGAUUUGUCAAAACUUGAUUACUCUAACUGGAACUCAGGACAACUAAACAACUCUGGAGGAAAUGAGGACUGUGCUCACUUCUAUAAACAGUUUAACUACAAAUGGAAUGAUAUACCGUGUAAUUAUACGGGUGGUGGCUACAUUUGUGAGAGUGAAAAAGGAUCUCAUUGCCUCCCGUACUACAAGCUCAUCAAACGGAAAGAUAGCAGGAAACAAAGAUAG